AUGAGUGACGACAUAGCUCUCAAUUUAAGGCAAGUUGCUGGGACAUCAUACAUGCAUUUUGGUGGUCCAAAUUUGCAACAAUACGUACUCUAUGAGAUAGAAUUGCUUCUUAAUUCAAACACAAGCUCCCGCUCGCUCGUAGAUUUUGGUCUUCCAAUGCCUCCUGUCACCAUGGUCACAGCGCUUAGAAAUUGGUUGCUUAUGGAAGAAAAGUGCUAUGAUCUUGAGGCACUAGCUGCCCAAAAUUUUACAAUGUUACGUGGUCUAAAUCUUCGGCAGCGAAAAAUAUAUGACAUGGUCCUUAAAUCAGUAAAUGAUGACGUACAAGAAAUUAUAUUUGUGUAUGGCCAUGGGGGUACAGGCAAAACGUAUCUUUGGACGACCAUUAUUGCUGCACUUAGGUCGACUGGAAAGAUUGUUUUAGCAGUAGCAGCAUCUGGAAUUGCCUCAUUAUUAUUGCUAUCAGGAAGAACAGCCCACUCUCGAUUCAAAAUCCCAUUGGAUUUAACUGAUGACUCUUUAUGCUACAUAAAAAAACACACGCAACUUGCACAAGUACUCAUGGAAAGAUCCCUUAUAAUUUGGGACGAGGCGCCAAUGAGCGAUCGUCGGUGCUUCGAAUCUUUAGAUAAAAGUCUCGGAGAUGUUCUUGGAAACCAAGAUAAACCAUUUGGUGGAAAAACAGUACUACUGGGAGGAGACUUCAGACAAAUACUUCCGGUUAAACCAAAAGCUUCAAAAGCAGAAAUCAUAGCAUCAUCACUACCCAGGUCUUAUUUCUGGGACAAAUUCAGGGUUCACAGGCUCACGAAGAACAUGCGCCUAUCACAAUCCAAUGCAACUAUCACUGAAAAAGUAGUUAUAGCAUCCUUCUCCAAAUGGCUACUUGAUGUUGGGGAUAACAAGACAGGUGCAGUUGACAAAGAAUCACUGUCAGACUCAAAAUUCAUUGAUAUACCUGCACAAUAUGUUAUCCAAUCCGGAGAGACGGACUAUGAGAGUUAA